AUGUUCACCCCAACUGUUGCCAACUCGACCUCCUACUUCUAUGCGCUAGGCAAUACACCAGCUAUCAACCUAGCCAAAAACCUGCCUAAUGGAGUUGAUGUCAGCCUUCUACUACUUGGUUGUGGAGAUGUGAGGAACAUCAUUUACACAGCCUACAAUGAGAUUGGACUGCCUGGUCGCAAUCUGGAUAUCACAGUCAAUGACAUCGAUGAAGCUAUCUUAGCACGCAACAUUUUUCUCUUCUCUCUACUCAUCGAUAACAACAAUGUGUCCGGAAAUAGCCCCUGGAACUUGUACUACAACCUUCAUAUUGACAGCUCAGACCUACACAUCUUAUCAUCUCAAGUCAAGAAGCUGCUUAAAGCAUCAGAGUCUCUAAAGUCGUGGAAAGCAAGCUCAUACGGUAAGGUCCUGCCCUUCUGCGAUCAAGCUACGCUCGACGACGUUCGUGCCGUCUGGAUCAGCUAUGAGAAUGCCGCUGCGUCCGACAACGUCAUCGCCAACUCCGAAGCCCUGACUGCCAAUCUCAAACACUCCAUUGAGAUGAAGAGAAUUGCCUUCGGCAACGCUGUAGCUUUCACCGGUUUGCGAUCAGCUGCUCCUGCUGCACUACAAAACGCACAGGAAGUCACCGAAGCUUCUCAGCAGUUCUGGGAGUCCGCCGACGCUACACCCAACGGUGCCGUCAGCAACCCAAACCCCCUCUUCUAUGCCUCACUGUCGAAACACCAUCUCUUGCACUACGGAACUGACCCCAUCCUCGGCUUCCAUCUUGCCGCGGCCUUCAUCCCCUUGACCGAUCAGUCUCCUCUGAAGCCUGAUCAACAGGAUGAGAGGACCAGGGUUUUCUCGGCUGCAAAGACACAAUUCCGAGAGUGGGCGGCUGCCUGUGGGACUCUUCUUCGGGGGAAGAAGUUGGUGAUCCGUUCCAUCGCCAGUGAAGCCCUUGCGUUCUGUCACACUUUGCAGCACUUAAUCGUCACCGACGAGAUGUCUGCCGGAUGGUACCGUCGCCAAUUCGAUGCCCGCGUCCUGUCCUUGGACCAAGAUGUGUACGGCGCCAAGUCAACAGCUCCGAUCGCAUUCGAUACCGUCGACACAUCCAACCUCGCAGACCACUUCGGCACAUUGAACAUUAUCAUGUCGGCUCUACCUCUGCUCACACCCCACCCCUGGUCGGCUGUCUUCACCGAAACCCUUCUGAAGAGAGAAAGCACCGCCAAAGAGGCCUUUGAUACCCUCUUGUACGGCCACGGGCCCACGAUAUCACUAUUGGUAGGCGCGAGCGCGGUCGAAUACUGGACCAACUCCACUGCCGUUUCAAGCGUCGAUGAGAUCCUGAUCGGUCUGAGCACCAAGAGCAUCCAGGCGAAGGGCGACGAAGUGGCCCAAGUGCACAGCCGAAUUACAUGGAAACAGAGCAAGCUUUUCUCGGGGGUCAACGCCUCCGGCCCUCUCGCAAUCGAAUCUGAGGCGCUAGCCAGCAUAUUCUUCAACCUCUACCUCAAAGUCUUCGCGCACGAAAACCCCAUGAAGCUGCUGUCCAUCUCGAAGUCAUCCGUCACGCAGCUUAUCCGCAACACGGCCUACUCCCACUUUCACCGGGGCACCCUCGUCUCCCUUCUCCAUUAUCUCAAGCUACGUCUAUCUGUAGACAAUUUUGGAAAGACUUGCGGGGUUUUGCUCCAGAAGGUAUCCGCUGAAAGAAGCCUGAUGUUCACCGGGAAUCUUAGACAAGAUUUGUCUGUGCAGAUGCAUACGCAAGGGGUCGGCUCAGAAGACUGGCUUCGGGCAGAGAUCAAGCCUAACCGUAACCUCGGCGGGUUCGACUCCUGGACAUCAGUCCCAGAGGUCGUGGCCGUGACUCUCGUUGUCCCGCGGGAGAAUAUUGCGCGCGUCUUUGAUGGCUCUGACCAAGCCAAAAUAAGUUCUCCCACCAUCAGAGGAUCGUUGGUCUCUGGUGAAGAUGCCAACCACAAGUGGCACAACUUUUACGACGAGGUACAGCUUGUCUUUGGCACCGUCAAACCCAGCGGUGACCGUGACACCAGCGACUUUUCGGUCACCGUCGAUGCAGACCCGGCAGGUUGGCUUGGGAAGUCUCCGCUCAUCGCAACCUUCUACGUCUCUGCUGCAGCGUUGCAAGUGGAACGCAAAACUUCCUAUGUCCGCCUGGAGGUCCUGAGCUCUGCUCAAAGUAUCGCCGUCUUCAGCAAGACUCUCGGUAGCGAACUAAGAAUCUUCCAGGCCAAGUUGGCCGACGAGGACCGCGUCUUCAUCACCAAGUACAUGCCCGGUCAGAUGAGGUAUCCGGCUGCUUCUGAAGCUGCGGGAUUGGUCGCGGAGGCUGCUUUCGAAAAGAGCAAGGAUACAGAAUCGUCCUUCACCGCGAACGCAUCACAAACACAGGACAGAAUCGAGACUAUAACUGGCCAUCUCGAUAUCCUGUCUGCCAAGGGCAAGAAAUUCCUUACUGACAAGCUACCCAUCACCCUUGAUCAAGUAUCUCCCUUCACCGUCAACGUCGUGUUUGGUGAAAAGGAGCUGAUCUAUCCUCUCACCUUCCCUACUCUGAUCGACGCCAGCAAGGCGAAAACUCGCAUCGCUCGUACAUCCGCCUACGUCGAGGUUAUUGCCCCCUUUGCCGAACCUAGCAGCGAUCCAGAAACAAACACGGUACUCACCGACUUUGUCUACCCAACUCAGCUUGCACGAGGUCUCUCAAACACCCCAGCCGAUCUCAACACCCCGCACCUGAACCUCGACCGCCUCCCCAUUAUCGACGUCGCCAAAAAGGAUGAGCUUCCCUUUCUCAAUACACUGCUCUCCUUCGAGUUCUCGGUCCGUGAAAGGGCACUGCGCGAGCGAAUCAACGCCAGCAGGCUCGACCUCGCCCCCUCGCCCCGCGUCAACUUCAAAGAGUCAAUCUUCACCAUGACUAUGCUCUCCACGGGUCAACAGGGCGGCCAGACUGGCCUCUUCUGCCUCAACCACCCGGACCGCGGCGGCAUUCACAUGCUCUUCUUCGUCUCCGCUCUCCGUCUCGAUGCCGCCUCCGCCUCCGUUGUCCUCGAUGCCGCAGUCCUACCGUUCACCCUCCCCAUCAUCAAGAAAAUAGAGCCCUUCCUUCUGCUUCUGAGAGAGCUCGAGAUGGCCUCUGUCACCGUCAACGAUGAGGAACUCAUCCUCUGGAAGAAGGUCCUCCCCGCCCUGGCUGAGCGUACCCGGACAUGGAAUCACAAGUCGUCGUGCGAGUACCGCAAGGCCGGCGCCACCGUACCCCUAUCACUGGAACCCAGCGAGCCCGUCCUCUGCUCCUGUGGCCGCGGACAGUUCCCGGCGAACUUCAUCGGGCUUCCAGAGUGGGAUACCGCGUCCAAAUACGCAACCCGCAUUGCCAUCAGCCCGACGUUCGCUGUACCAUUUGUGGAGGAGAUUGUGGACACGAAUAAAUACAAGGAUUAUCGCGCCAAUGGUAUGGCGCCACCUAAGGAAAGAUGUACCAAUUGUGGCAAGGAGCCAACAAACGGCGCCGCUUUAAAGAAGUGUAUGCGCUGUUUGAGUGUCAAGUAUUGUAGUGCCGACUGCCAGAAGAAGGAUUGGCGAAAGCAUCGUGGCGAGUGCAAGGAAAGCGAGGCGUAUCAAAAGUAA